CGCAACGUCCGUCCGUUGCACACCCCUACCAGCCAUUACCACUUCAACUGAAAAACUUCGAUGCACGUCCUCCACUGCCCUCUCCUCGCACACACAGAAACUUAUAAGAGCUGCUAGUAAUGGCGAAUCUAAAAGCAGCAAGUAAACGCACUGACAUUUCACUUUAGUGCUUUCAUAUCCAAUGGCUACUACAGAUGGUUCCAUGAAUGGAAACCGUACUGCAUUUAAGAUUCUGAAGCUUAUUUUGAGGGGAAGAAUCAGCAUGUUUCGUGGAACAGUAAUAAAGUCAUAAAGCUGAACCCUUGUGAAACUAGUAGGAAUGAUAUAUGUAGUAAGAGUUCUAUGAGCAUUGAAUUAGAACAGGCAAAUCACAAUGCACAAACGAAGGUGAAGGAAUGUGCAAAGUCGCUCCAUUCUCAGGCAAUGAAGUACCAUUUGAAAAUGGAUCGUCCAUCAAAGUUUAUGAUAAUGUGUUUGACUAGAAUAGAGGAUGCGUUAUUGCGCAAUGGCACCUUGAAGAAAAAGAAACACAAGAGUUUUUUGGUUAGUGAUUGGGGAGUUGAAUUCUGGCAAGGUUUUGUGUCUGGGUCUAAUAUCUUGGAUACAAGUGGAGAUUGUUCUUCAAUAGAGCAGAUUGCAUGGAUUGUAUCCACAGCUGCCGACGUUAUCUCAGAAAAUGAGAAGGAAGGUGUAGACAUUGAUGGCCCUUCGUUCUUAUAUCUUGUACCGUCUCAAGAAAGAGCGGUUCAGGUAUGGUCAGUAUGCAAACCACUCCAGGAGUUAGGAAUACAGACGGUGUGCUUACACACUGCUGCUCCACUAGAUCACCAGAUCCGUAGUUUAAAAGCCUCUGAGCCAGAGUUUGUCAUUUCCACCGCUGAGAGAUUUUUGGAGCUUGUCUCAUUAGAGGCCAUAGAUAUGUCUGGACUAUCCUUACUGGUUAUUGAUAGACUGGAAUGUUGUCUUAGAAAUGGAUUUUUGAAUGAGAUGAAAGUUAUGAAACAAUCUAUUCCUGGCGAGUCUCAGGCAGUAAUUUUCAAUGGUAGCUUGGGAUCCUUUUCCUCUUCGGCACUGCAAAAUCUGUUGGAUGAUCAUAAAGCCAUUUGUAGGUUGUCUGCAAAUGUUUCUAUAGCUAGUCAAAGCGCUGGCAUCUCUCAGAGUGUAAACACAUGCACAUCAAAAGAAAAAUUAUCCAAGGGUAUACAAAUUCUGAAUAAAGAAUACGGUAAGCAUUCACAGUCCAAGUCUCUCAAGGUGCUGUUUGUGGAAAAAAAUGUCAGAUCACAGCUGUUUGCCGAUACUCUAACAGCACAAGGUUACUCAAUCUCAAAAAAUUCAUUCUCUGAUGGUACUCAAGACUUGAAUAGCGAAAAGAAGGUAAUUGUGUGUGUGACUGAUUUGGAUGAAGUUGGGAGAAUGACAAAUAUGGGUGAGUUUGAAGUUGUUAUAAUGAUAAGUUUGCCUCCAUCUAUCAACAACUAUGUCAGUAUCCUCACAAGAAUGGCUCGCCGUACUGUAAAUGGUGUUCUACAUAGUCUGUUCUCUCUACAAGAAGAUGCAAAUCUGGCAGGGCCACUAAUUGAGAUACUGGAGCAGUGUGGUCAGAUUGUACCAGUACCCUUCGGAAACUACCUUUACUCUUCUUCUUUAUUAUAGCUUAAUUUUCACUUCAAAUGUUAUUUUCUUCUAUUGCCUCCAUUCUUUGUGCUUACAUCCUAGUUAUUCUAUACAUUAAUAACUUGUGCAACUCUAGGUAGGCCGAAUCGAACAACAUUAGUUCAUUACAGUUGAACUUACAAUUCGAAGUUAAGCUUAUUUUAAAUUUUGAAACGAUGAAGUAACAUUGAGUUCAUUUUGAUAUCAAAUUUUGAUCAGGUAAA